AUAGGUCUAGCAGACGCUGCCGGUUUCGGAUCUGCAGCUGUGCGAAGGAGGCUUGUCCAUGUUCUCAAGCAAAUUGAUGAUGCGCGAUCCCCAGCUCACGGGGCGGUGUUGCAGCUUCUACUGUCGCUCAGUCAGCAAUGUCAAGACUCCGUGGAUCCAGAUGUGGCCGAUGCCGUUGUGCAGGCGAUAUGGCUCAGUGACUGCGAUGAUGUUGCUCGGUCUGCUGUGAAGUCUCUUCCUAUGAUCCUGAAGGCAGUCGAACUUAGCCCCGUAAAGUUGCGUGGCCUGGUGCAGCGAGCCUGGCGCAUGGUGCCAGAUGCUGUGAUUCAAUGCGGCCUGCACAGCCUCUUGGGACUUAGGAAUCCCCAUGACCUCCCUGGUCCAAUGGAGCAAGACAUCAGCCAGCCAGACCCCAGCGAAGUACCCACAACCAUCACCCUCAGCGACAGCUGUGCCCCCAACGCAGCCACGGAAGGCUCGCUUUCUCAACAGGCAUCCUACAUUCCCGCAGGCAGUUCA